AUGGAGCAAUCUAAAAUGUUAAAAUUAGUUAAAGACUGUAUUCCGGCUUUGGAUGGCAAUCAUCAUAAAGGUCAGGCUGGAAGAAUCGGCGUAGUUGGUGGCUCCUUAGAAUACACCGGCGCGCCUUACUUUGCCGGUAUCAGCUCUUUAAAAGUUGGGGCUGAUUUGGCACACAUAUUUUGUUCCAAACCUGCUGCAAUUGUUAUUAAAUCAUACAGCCCAGAAUUAAUAGUGCACCCAUUACUUGAUGAACCCAAUGCAAUAGUUAACAUAUCUCCUUGGUUAGAAAGGCUUCAUGUUAUUGUUAUAGGCCCUGGUUUAGGUAGAGAUAAAAUAACUUUUGAAGUUGUUGAGCAGUUAAUAAAAGUAAUUAGAGAAAAACAAAUACCAUUAAUCAUUGAUGCAGAUGGCUUAUUUUUAAUCACUGAAAAACCAGAACUUAUCAGUAAUUUUAUGUCACCAGUAGUAUUAACUCCCAAUAAAAUUGAAUUUGAACGACUAUGUAAUAAAUUAAAUGGUUAUUCAGGACUAAAAAGCCUAGGACUGAAUAUAACUAUUUUAAAAAAAGGUCAAACUGAUGAAUUAUAUUCUUCUGAAUCCAACCUGCAAUGGAAGCUUAAUAUAGGUGGUUCUGGAAGAAGAUGUGGAGGUCAAGGUGAUCUCUUAUCAGGAUCAAUAGCAACAUUUCUACAUUGGACUUUAACAUCAGUGGACAAAAUAGAUUUUAACGCAUCAAACAAAUCAUUGUUAGCAGCUUCAUUGUCAUGUUUUGCAGCAUCAACAUUAAUUAGAUCAUGCAAUGCUAAAGCUUUUGAAAAAAAAGGUAGGAGCAUGUUAGCCUCAGAUAUGAUUGAACAUAUACACGAUGGAUUUAUAGAAUUAUUUGGACAA